GCUGAUGUAUGUUCCCAGUGAGGAGACUACAGUCCUCAGGAGCCACAUAGCACCUCCCCUCCACCUCCGCCAUCAUCUCCUCUUCCUUUAUCUAGGGGCAUGCCUUCUGAACCCAGCCUCAGCACGGCAAUUUUGUCCUUUUCUCCCUUGGCUCUUCCCUCCGGCACAGUCCAACGACCAAACAAACAGCCUGACUCAUCAUUCAUCCUACCUCUGGCCCACAGUGUGCACACGCACCCACCCACCCACACCCAUUAUUUCCUCUGUCUUACACCCCAUCACCAUGAAGGUGACAGAGCCAGCCUCCUGGCAGACAGCAGCAUUUAGAGUGAUGGCUGCAACUGUAAGUGGACAGAGAUGGAUUUGGAUGGACAGGGGGCCGCGCUGCUGAUGGAUGGCUGAAAGCUGAGGGGGACUGAGGAUGGGUUGGAAAACUGGGUAUAUUCGCUGCUACAUGGAUCCAUGCAGUCAGUCCGUCCAUCAGUCAGCCAACCAGUUCUGUUGUCACUGUAUUUUUCUCAUCAACCGUGAAGAAUCGGACUGGAGAACUGUGAGACACAUAAUAAUGGGCAGAUAGUGUGGCCUAAGUUUGAGGACUUCAUGGAAAUUUUACUUAUGCAGUAGGGAGAUGCUGACAGGACAGAGGCUCUGUCAGUCAAAGUCCCACCAGGACUUGGUCCUCUCUGCCCUCAACCAGCAGAGGAAGGAUGGCUUGCUGUGUGACGUCACCCUGGUCGCCGGUGAGCAGAAGUUCCACGCCCACAAAGCCGUCCUGGCAGCGUGCAGCGAUUACUUCAGGGCUAUGUUCAGCUUGUGCAUGGUGGAGAGUGAGGCAGACGAAGUGACUCUGCAAGGAGUGACCAGCGUUGGACUGAAGCACGCUUUGGACUUCGCCUACACUGGACAGAUCCUGCUGGAGCCGACGGUGAUCCAGGACGUCCUGUCGGCAGGCAGCCACCUUCAGCUGCUGGAGCUCCUCAGCCUCUGCUCCCACUACCUCAUCCAGGAACUGAGCAGUGUGAACUACCUGGAGCUGUACCGCGUGGCCGACCUGUUCCACCUCCCCGCCUUAGAGGAGGCCGUGGUGGGCUUCCUGGUGGAGCAUCUGUCUGAGCUGAGCCAGAGCAGGCAGGAUGAGGCCCUGCAGCUGCCCUACCGCCUCCUCAGGGAGGUGCUGAAGAGCGACCGCCUCACCUCUCUGAGCGAGGAGGAGAUAUGGAAGCUGGUCGUUCUGUGGCUGGAACACGACUGUCGCUACCAGUACACUGAGGAUCUACUCCAACACGUCCGCUAUGGCCUGAUGGACGUCUCCACACUACACCACCUUGCCCGUAGCCAUGCUCUGGUCCAGUCCAGUCCAACUGCUGCCGCCUUUGUGGAGGAGGCCCUGGACUACCACCAUGCCACCUUCGCCCAGCCCCUCCGUCAGUCAGCCCGCACCAGGCCUCGCUUUCAGUCUCUCACCCUUUACAUAGCUGGCGGGCGAAAGAGGGAGGUGAGCAGAGUCAGGGAGCUGCGGUACUUCAACCCGGCUGCGCAAGAGCAUGUACGUGUUGCAGGUGGGUCGAACUGGAGCGAGCUGGCGCCCAUGCCCACUGGGCGCAGCCACCACUGUGUGGCCGUAAUGGGGAACUUCCUAUUUGUUGUGGGUGGGGAGGUGGAGCAUGCGACUGGGAGGACGUGCGCUGUGAGGACUGCUUGUCGAUACGACCCCAGGGGAAACUGUUGGACUGAGAUUGCCCCCAUGAAGGCCUGCAGAGAACACUUUGUCCUGGGUGUGCUGGGUCAGUACCUGUACGCAGUCGGGGGCAGGAACGAGCUGAGGCAGGUGCUGCCCUCUGUGGAGCGCUACUGUCCCAAGAGGAACAAAUGGAUGUUUGUCCAACCCUUCGACCGCUCACUGUCCUGCCACGCCGGCUGUGUGGCUGACAACCUGCUCUGGGUCUCAGGUGGGGUGACGAACACAGCUCAGUACCAGAAUCGACUGAUGGUGUAUGACCCAGAACAGGACCAGUGGUUGGCCCGCAGUCCCAUGUUGCAGAGGCGAGUUUACCACGUCAUGGCGGCGGUGAGGAGGCAGCUCUACGUGCUCGGCGGGAACGACCUGGACUACAACAACGAUCGCAUACUAGUCCGCCACAUCGACUCCUACAACAUGGACCUGGACCAGUGGACACGCUGCUCCUUCAGCCUCCUCACGGGUCAAAACGAGUCCGGAGUAGCCGUCCACGAUGACAGGAUCUAUGUGGUUGGAGGAUACUCCAUUUGGACCAAUGAACCUCUGGCAUGCAUUCAGGUGCUGGAUCUGAGCACGGAGGGGAAGGAAGAGGUUUUCUACGGGCCAACGCUGCCUUUCGCCUCCAAUGGGAUAGCAACAUGUUUCCUGCCUGCUCCUUACUUCACCUGCCCAAACCUACAGACUCUACAAGUACCCCAUCACAGGAUAGGUGCUGUUUAAACCACCAGUGAACAAAACGCCAGAAAACAUGAACACAUAACCAGAGUGUGGAGGAGCCUCAACUCAACCCUGGACCGUCAGUAUUUGCAAACGUGGCUGAAAAAAAACGUACCUGAUCAUAGUAAUCGUUCUGGAAGCUGCCAUCCCUGUCACACAAGUGCACAGGGAUUUCUCUGAGACCCAGAUGUAAUAACAAUACUUUCCUGAACUACAAGAGCCAUGUUAUUCUGCAAGCUUCUAGUAAACUCAAAAACAAGUGGCUGUCACAAUAAUACAGCAUAUCUGUUGGAUUUCCCCAAAGACUGAGACACCAUUCAUGAUGUCCAGCGAAGCAAGUUAAGAAAAAAAAACUCCUGAGGGAUUUUAAUUCCCAAAGAAGAGAGGAACAAAAUGCCAAUUCCGGUACCAAUUAAGUGACUUGUGGAAACAUUACUGUGUUGCUCGACUGUCCACAGGAGUUCAAAGAAACUGUCCUCUUUGUAAGCCAUCAUAGGGCUGUAGGAGCUUUUCUAGCUAAAAUCACUGUAUAACAUUUCCAUUAAACCUCUAUUAUCACUUUGGUGGCCUGAAAAACAUGUGCAGGAUGUUUUUCUAGAUAUGGAGAACAAAGCCUGUUUUCUCAUUGACUCGCAUGUUCUUUGAAAUUACAGAUUGGGUUGACAAGUGUCAAGAGCCUGAAGUCCAUCAGUGGAUAAAUACCCAUGUCAUUUUUUAACUUAAAUAAAAGGUAAAAUAAUUACUUGAUUUUCUGCAUCAGCAGUGACACGCCACUGUAUGUGUAUGUUAUCGACCAGUGCAAGUGAGUUUGAAAUUUUUAUUAUGCUCAGGACCUAAGACUGUUUAUGUUUAAAUGAAUGUCUGGUCAUUGUCAUCAUUCAGAGAAGUGUUUAUGAUAUUAUACUAACACUCCAUUGUGCUGACUUUCAAAGCAAAAUUGACCAAAAGAAAAAAAUGUCACUCUGCACUUCACCUCUUCUAUCCAAAACAUGUGUCUGAAAGGAUAUAUUGGCAUAUUUUCAGAAUAAAGAAGCU